AUGCCACUGGUGUAUGCUGCUAGAUCAACAGAAACCACACUUAUGCUUGCGUUAAAUGCCGUCGCACAUGUUGCUCUCGCGAACCAGCCAGAUGCCAGGAAGCUAAUUCCUCUAGCUGACAGUCAGUAUGUGAUAGCUUUGAAUCAAGUUAAUAAAGAUCUUCAAGAUCCAGAAAAAGCGAAGCAAGAUGCUACUUUGGCGGCAGUUUUUUUACUAUCCUUGUAUGAGCAACUUAGCUCACACCCCAUGUCUUUGACCGGAUGGUUAUCUCACAUCAAUGGUGCUGUAGCGCUGACUAUCGAAUGUAUCAGCCGGUCGAAGGAUGUCAAGGAAGGUGUCGAUUGGUGGACAUCGUUUGCGUCGGAUGAUAAAGUACAACAUCAAGUAUCAGUGCUCAACCUCAAAGUUGCAAACCUACGCGCAGACUCCCAUCGAAUUUGCACUCUCGAAGCUCGCACAGCAGAAAAUGUCAAAAAGGUAGUAGACCACUUGGAGAACGCAAAACUAAUCGAGAGAGAAUACGUGGAUUGGUACACAAAUCUUCCCGACGAAUGGGUGCCUAGAAUGGCAGCUUGGAUUGACGACAUAUCGGAGAAAGACCUUGAGUCUGCCACUUGCUAUCCAGGAAAAAUUGAUAUAUAUGGUGAGCUUUGGAUGGCUACCACGCAUAACAUUGCACGCGCCUCGAGAUUAUUUAUUAUCACGACUAUCCUGCGAUGUACUGCAUGGCUUAAUUCCGGCCUCGAUUACAGGCUCACACCAGAAUAUGUGAAUGCUUCGCGACAAGCAAGUUUACUGAUCGACGAUAUCGUGUCAAGCAUCCCGCUCUUCUUUGGCUGUGACACCCUACAUACUGAUAUUCCUGUGGUCGAAAACUCGUAUUUCCCCUGUGGGAAAGACAGUAGAAUAAGUGGAAAGGGAGUAACGGGUGUUUGGGCAAUAUGGCCAGUAUUUGCAGCAGCAGCCUCAGAUUUCGCGACUAAUUCCCAGCGCUUAUGGUUACGGGGACGACUUAAAUACAUUGCAGAGGAUUUAGGGAUACGUCAGGCUGAAAUGUUACUCGAGUUACAAACCAGGUAUCCCUCAACAUUUAUCUAUAGAGAUCAGGUCAUGAUUGAAGAUCUCAAGAGGGCAAAGAUGGAUGGAAUGAUUGAAGACACUCCCGUCUGCAUCGAGCCACAACCUUACAAUCUCAUGACUCGCGAUAAAAGACUCAACAUCAAUGCUCACGUUUCAGCAAUAGUAUCCAUUGCCUCGGAAAGAACCCCAGCUCUCGGACGCAAAUCCGAUACAAGCGGAUAA